AGAGCGCCGGCUACAAGAACUCAUCAUCGGUUUGGCGAUGUUGUCGGCUGUUAUGAAGCCCUUACUCUCUCCGUCACCGUCGCUGUUUCGCCUUCCUCCCCUUUCUUCAUUUUCCUCUUCUCUCUCACUCUUCUUUCCCUUUCACUCUCCUCACCCCUUUACGCCUCUCCGUUCCUCCCGCCGCAACUACACUCGCCGCCACGCGUCUCUCUCCGACCACCACCUCUCAUGUUCCGUUCCCGAGAAGCCUCUUCGUGUCGCCGUCCUCCUCAGCGGCGGCGUCGAUAGCAGCGUCGCCCUCCGCCUCCUCCACGCCGCCGGACACUCCUGUACCGCUUUCUACCUCAAAAUCUGGUUCCAGGAAGGCUUUGACAAUUUCUGGAACCAGUGCCCCUGGGAAGACGAUUUGAAAUACGCAAAGCAUGUCUGUGAGCAGGUUGAUGUACCUUUAGAGGUUGUGCAUUUAACUGAUGAAUACUGGGAAAGAGUUGUUUCUUACAUUAUUGAGGAGUACCGUUGUGGGCGUACUCCUAAUCCGGAUGUUCUAUGCAAUACUAGAAUCAAGUUUGGGGCAUUCAUGGAUGCUAUUAGUGAUAUGGAGUAUGAUUACAUAGCCUCAGGUCAUUAUGCUAAAGUUGUCCAUCCUCCUGCUGGUCCAUCUGUUUUGGAGCUCUCACAAGACAUGGUGAAGGAUCAGACCUACUUCCUCUCACAUCUCUCUCAAACCCAGCUUAAGCGACUCCUGUUCCCACUUGGUUGCGUAAAGAAGGAAGAAGUUCGCAAACUAGCCACAGAAUUUGAUUUGCCAAAUAAAGACAGAAAAGAUUCACAAGGAAUAUGUUUCCUUGGGAAGAUAAAGUUCAGCGACUUUGUCGGAAGACACAUAGGAGAGAAGGAAGGGAUUAUAUUGGAAGCUGAAACUGGAGACUUUCUUGGUAACCAUAGAGGAUUUUGGUUUUACACUAUUGGACAGCGUCAAGGCUUGCGUUUACCCGGUGGACCCUGGUAUGUUGUUGAAAAGGACACCAAGAACAAUGUCGUGUUUGUCUCGAGAGAUUACUACUCAAUCGACAAGAGAAGGCGGGUUUUCCGUGUUGGCUCCUUGAGAUGGCUUAGUGGGAAACCUUUAGACAAUGUUAGGCAGCUUCGUUGCAAGGUAAGGCAUGGGCCUGGCUUUUACAGCUGCAGCUUUGAAAUGGAAGGAGAUGUUGCGGUUGUACAUCUAGAGGAAGACGACCAAGGUCUAGCUGCUGGACAGUUUGCAGCUUUCUAUGAAGGAACCAUUUGCAUUGGUUCUGGCGUUAUCCUGGAAUCAUGGGACGAUCAGUGUUUCCCUGUCUGUGAAAAAGCUCUUCAACUAGCAGCUGUGGAAGACAAAACCAAACUUGGGAAACCUGUCAAAAUCAUGACCAUGCCAGUUACCACAUCUGUUGAGGCUGUGCCAGGAGAAGAAAAGCUUGUAACAAAGGAAAUGGUGUAGUAGUCUGAAGAAGCUACUUGAAGAGCUGAAAAAAUUGAGAAGCAGAUGUUGCUAGAGGAUAAGAUUACUAAUAUUGUUUAGGAAAAAGACUUGUAAGUUGUGACAUUUGAUAGUUUGGUUAUGUCUUUUUAUGUAUGGUAUGGCUUCAAGCUACUUCAAUGGCUCUCAGUGGUGGCCUCAUGGGAGAUCAUCUUGUAAGUUGUGACAUUUGAUAGUUUGGUUAUGUUUUUUUAUGUAUGGUAUGGCUUCAAGCUA